AUGCGAGGGCUACCGGGUGGAGGACGGAAAGGGCCAAAGAAGUUAGUCCGCCAUCGCCAGCAACAUCCAGUGCGCUUGGCAACACUUAACGUUGGGACGCUUACUGGAAGAAGUCGUGAACUGGCAGACAGUCUCAGAAAACGCCGUGUUGACAUAUGUUGUGUACAGGAGACUCGCUGUAAAGGCUCCAAGUCAAGGGAAUUAGGCGAUGGCUACAAGCUCAUCUACCAUGGCACAUCAAAUCGCAAUGGCGUUGGUAUCAUAUUGAACGAGUCGUUUAGAAAUAGCGUCACAGCGGUGGAUCGACUAUCGGAUCGCUUGAUGGCUGUAAAAGUAGAUACAGGAGAAACGGAAUUGCGAGUCGUCUCUGCUUAUGCGCCGCAGGCGGCUGUAGUGAAGAAGAGAAGGCGUGCUUUUGGGAAGAUCUGGAGCAGUACGUCCAAUCCCUGGAAGGCGAAGAAGUACUUCUUAUCGGAAGAGGCUUCAACGGAAAUGUCGGUUCUCGGAAAGACGGGUUCGAGAGUUGUCCUGGUGGAUACGGUUCUGGCAACGACGACGGGUUGUGAAUCCUGGAGUAUGCUGUUGCAAGUGACUUGA